GCGCUUCACUGCGCUUAUAAAAACCCGGCGCUCUUGUCUCCGAAUCAGCCCCGCCCCCAGUUCUCACCUUGACGCGUGGUUCUGUCAGUGAAAAGGCGAUGUUUUAAGUCGCAGAGCAGGAGAAAGAGACUUAAAGGGAGCAGAAGAAAGACAUGAUACUUACAAUUGGAAGGCGGAGAAGUUUUAAAUGGAAAGAGAAUUUUCUUCAAAGAGGAACAUCAUGACAUCCCCGAAUCCCAGCGACGCAGAGUCUGAAGUUUGGCCGUUGAACACUUCGUCUUCUCUUGGAAAUGUCUCCGCUUUGGACCUGGAGGAUAGGCGUGUGUUACAUUUCGGCCAAUUCUCUCCAUCCGUCGCAGUUUUGUUGGCCGUGCUUAUGUCUCUUGUGGUUUUGGCCACUGUCCUCGGAAAUGCGUUGGUCAUCCUGGCUUUCGUGGUGGAUAAAAAUCUGAGGACUCAAGGCAAUUUCUUUUUCUUAAACUUAGCCAUAGCUGACUUUUUAGUAGGUGGCUUCUGCAUACCAGUUUAUAUCCCCUAUGUACUGACUGGGAAAUGGAUACUUGGAAGAGGGCUUUGUAAACUGUGGCUCGUAGUUGACUAUCUGCUGUGCACAGCAUCGGUCUUCAACAUCGUCCUGAUCAGCUUUGACAGGUUCAUUUCCGUCACUCGCGCAGUCAGCAACAGAUGUCAGAAAGGAGUGACUAGAAAUGCGGUUCUAAAGAUGAUCUGUGUGUGGCUUGCAGCCUUCUUGCUUUAUGGACCUGCAAUCAUCAGUUGGGAGUACAUUGCAGGGAGCAGCAUACUGCCAGAUGGGGAAUGCUAUGCAGAGUUCUAUUUCAAUGGGUAUUUCCUUAUGACUGCUUCUGCAGUUGAGUUCUUUACUCCGUUCAUCAGUGUUACAUACUUCAAUCUUAGCAUUUACAUCAAUAUAAGAAAACGCACUCUGAUACGGAACAACUGCAUGUCGCCAGAGAUGGGAGACUGUGAAAUGGCUUAUCAAGGCAAAAGCAAAAAGAGGCACGUUUUCUUUGUUAAGCCUGCCAAGAGGGACCCUUUGGGGAAGAAAAACCGACCUAACCAUUUUUCAACUGCUCGAGUAUCUGUUGGUGAGAACAGUGUAAAUGAACUAGACUGUCAGUCCUUAGAUCUGCCACCUUUAAAUAUGGAUGACAUCCCACAGCAACAUACCAACUGCUGCUAUCCAAAUGCCAAUCAGUUCUGUGAUAGCCAGUGUCGGUCAGAAGUUGACGCAAGCAUUGCAAACCGUCACAGGCUUUUGAGAGACAAGAAAGUAGCCAAAUCUCUGGCGGUGAUUGUAUGUGUAUUUGGACUCUGCUGGGCCCCCUAUACCUUACUAAUGAUUAUAAGAGCCGUAUGUCAUGCCCAAUGUGUACAACACUACCUUUAUGAGAUUUCUUUCUGGUUGCUUUGGUUAAAUUCAUCAAUUAAUCCGAUUUUGUACCCUUUGUGUCACAUUAGUUUCAGGAAAGCUUUCAUGAAACUACUGUGCCCAAGGAAAAUGAAGAUUCAGCCACAGUUUUUUGCACAAAAGUGUUAG